GAAUUGUGACAGAAACCCUAAACCCUAACCCUAAUUCGAGAUCAGUCAAUCAUGGACAAGAGCAUGCUAGGAGAUCUGGACUCUCUUCCUGAGGAAGAUAAGCUUCGAAUGUCUGUCAUGAUCGACCAGCUUCAGAUCCGCGACAGUCUUAGAAUGUAUAAUUCACUGGUGGAGAGAUGUUUUAGUGACUGUGUGGAGAGCUUCAGGCGCAAAUCCCUUGACAAGCAAGAAGAGACCUGUGUCCGGCGAUGUGCUGAGAAGUUCUUGAAGCAUUCGAUGCGUGUGGGUAUGAGAUUUGCAGAGCUCAACCAAGGGACAGCAACACCAGAUUAACAGCCCUUAAGCAACCAUGGGUGCAAAACAUGUUCAAACUUGCCCCAGGAGGAUUUAGUGGUUGUUACAAAAAUGGAAAUGUUUCUGUUCUUAGUUUACAUACGUUUCUUCCCCCAGUGCAGUACAAUGGGUGCAACUACAGGAAUUUCCUCGUUAGUAAUAACCUCAAGCAAAUUAUACCCCUGUAGCUUUCCGGAAGAUUGAUGAAUGACUUUCAGUAACUGAAUUUUGAUUCAUGCAGAUUUUGGAUA